ACACGAUAAUCGGAAACAAAUGGGUGAAGAAGGUGAGGGCAAGGGGGAAGGACAGGAGGCAUAUCCAUAUGGAGAGUACGAAGGAGGAAGGGACGAUCAACUAGACAGGCACGGUUUUGGAAGUGCCUUACUUCCAAACGGUGACAUAUAUGAAGGUUACUACUUACAUGGGAAACGACACGGCCGAGGGUUAUAUUGCUUCAAAAACGGCGCAAGAUACCGGGGAAACUGGCGUAAAGGACUGAAACACGGGGACGGGGUAUUUUUGUAUCCAGAUGGUACAAAAUACGAAGGCAAUUGGCGGAAAGAUAUGAAACAUGGUCAAGGAAUUUAUUACUACAUAAACGGGGACACUUACAACGGAGCCUGGUAUAAAGGUUUCAGGCACGGUUUGGGUACUUAUUUGUUUAAGGAAUUUGAUGUAACUUACUUCGGUACUUGGAAGGACGGAAGAAUGGAUGGUCCAGGAAUAUACCAUUAUCCCCAUUACAAGUUUUACGGUAAAUUUGAAAGAAACUUACCUAAAGGAAAAGGAUGCUUCGUAUUUGAUGGAAGAAUUAUGCAACAUGGUUUUUAUGUAAACAUGCGUGAUCCUGCUUUUGAUUAUGUAGGUGCGGAGGAGUUAGCUUUGGAUAAAAUAAAAGAAAAUGAUCCUGAUGCGCCAGAAGAUAGAGGAAAUCCAACUGGUAUUGUUCCAAUCUGGAGGGCACGAAAUGUUACAACCUUCAGCAGUGAUUUACUUCCACCUCAGCCAGUUGCCCUCCCAAUAAAGGAUUCAGAAGAUUCAAUCAUAGAUAUCAUUGAUUACCUUCAACAACAAUAUCAUGAGGAGAAGAAGUUUGACGAAGAGGAAGACCGUAUGGGGCAUGCCCCGCCAACUUCACCUGUUCCCGAUGAAUUGCUAGUGGAUGAAAUUGAUGUUUUCCCAGAUCUUUAGUUUUGAGUAGAUGUAUUAAUUCCUAUUGAAACUUAACUGUUUAAACUAUUCAUUUCAUAAUUAUUUUUGAUUUAAAUAAUUAUUUCAUAUAAUUCAUUGCAAUAAUAUUACAAUAAAUAU